UUACAUCCAGCUUUUUCUUGCCUAAGCGGUCUGGGGCUUGCUUCGUCAUUUGGCUUUGCUGUGGAGCACUCCUGUAAAGCUAGCUGAAUUGUACAUCGAAGAUCCACCCUUUUGGUGGCAAAGUGACAAGUGCCAAAACUCAGGCCUGACUUUUCUGAAAACAUCAGCAUUCUGCCAUAUCUGGAAUAAUGGAUGUAAAGGACCGGCGACACCGCUCUUUGACCAGAGGACGCUGUGGCAAAGAGUGUCGCUACACAAGCUCCUCUCUCGACAGUGAGGACUGCCGCGUGCCCACACAGAAAUCCUACAGCUCCAGUGAGACUCUGAAGGCCUAUGAUCAUGACAGCAGGAUGCACUAUGGAAACCGAGUCACAGACCUCGUCCACCGGGAGUCAGAUGAGUUUCCUAGACAAGGAACCAACUUCACCCUUGCAGAACUGGGCAUCUGUGAGCCCUCCCCACACCGAAGCGGCUACUGCUCUGACAUGGGGAUCCUUCACCAGGGCUACUCCCUUAGCACAGGGUCUGAUGCCGACUCCGACACCGAGGGAGGGAUGUCUCCAGAACACGCCAUCAGACUGUGGGGGAGAGGGAUAAAAUCCAGGCGCAGUUCCGGCCUGUCCAGUCGUGAAAACUCGGCCCUUACCCUGACUGACUCUGACAACGAAAAUAAAUCAGAUGAUGAGAACGGUCGUCCCAUUCCACCUACAUCCUCGCCUAGUCUCCUCCCAUCUGCUCAGCUGCCUAGCUCCCAUAAUCCUCCACCAGUUAGCUGCCAGAUGCCAUUACUAGACAGCAACACCUCCCAUCAAAUCAUGGACACCAACCCUGAUGAGGAAUUCUCCCCCAAUUCAUACCUGCUCAGAGCAUGCUCAGGGCCCCAGCAAGCCUCCAGCAGUGGCCCUCCAAACCACCACAGCCAGUCGACUCUGAGGCCCCCUCUCCCACCCCCUCACAACCACACGCUGUCCCAUCACCACUCAUCUGCCAACUCCCUCAACAGGAACUCACUGACCAAUCGGCGGAGUCAGAUCCACGCCCCAGCCCCAGCGCCCAAUGACCUGGCCACCACACCAGAGUCCGUUCAGCUUCAGGACAGCUGGGUGCUAAACAGCAACGUGCCACUGGAGACCCGGCACUUCCUCUUCAAGACCUCCUCGGGGAGCACUCCGUUGUUUAGCAGCUCUUCCCCAGGAUACCCUUUGACCUCAGGAACGGUUUACACGCCCCCGCCCCGCCUGCUGCCCAGGAAUACUUUCUCCAGGAAGGCGUUCAAGCUGAAGAAGCCCUCCAAAUACUGCAGCUGGAAAUGUGCCGCCCUCUCUGCCAUCGCCGCUGCCCUCCUCUUGGCUAUUUUGCUGGCAUAUUUCAUAGCAAUGCAUCUGCUCGGACUCAAUUGGCAACUCCAGCCUGCAGAUGGGCACACCUUUAACAAUGGGAUAAGGACCGGCUUACCAGGAAACGAUGAUGUGGCAACAAUGCCAUCUGGAGGCAAAGUGCCCUGGUCAUUGAAAAACAGCAGCAUAGACAGUGGUGAAGCAGAAGUGGGUCGGCGGGUAACACAAGAAGUCCCACCGGGGGUGUUUUGGAGGUCACAAAUUCACAUCAGUCAGCCCCAGUUCUUAAAGUUCAACAUCUCCCUCGGGAAGGAUGCUCUCUUUGGUGUUUACAUAAGAAGAGGACUUCCACCAUCUCAUGCCCAGUAUGACUUCAUGGAACGUCUGGACGGGAAGGAGAAGUGGAGUGUGGUUGAGUCUCCCAGGGAACGCCGGAGCAUACAGACCUUGGUUCAGAACGAAGCCGUGUUUGUGCAGUACCUGGAUGUGGGCCUGUGGCAUCUGGCCUUCUACAAUGAUGGAAAAGACAAAGAGAUGGUUUCCUUCAACACUGUUGUCCUAGAUUCAGUACAGGACUGUCCACGUAACUGCCAUGGGAAUGGUGAAUGUGUGUCCGGGGUGUGUCACUGUUUCCCAGGAUUUCUAGGAGCAGACUGUGCUAAAGCUGCCUGCCCUGUCCUGUGCAGUGGGAAUGGACAAUAUUCUAAAGGGACCUGCCAGUGCUACAGUGGCUGGAAAGGCGCAGAGUGCGACGUGCCCAUGAAUCAGUGCAUCGAUCCUUCCUGUGGGGGCCACGGCUCCUGCAUUGAUGGAAACUGUGUCUGUUCUGCUGGCUACAAAGGCGAGCACUGUGAGGAAGUUGAUUGCUUGGAUCCCACCUGCUCCAGCCAUGGGGUCUGUGUGAAUGGAGAAUGCCUGUGCAGCCCUGGCUGGGGUGGUCUGAACUGUGAGCUGGCAAGGGUCCAAUGCCCAGACCAGUGCAGCGGGCAUGGCACGUACCUGCCUGACACGGGCCUCUGCAGCUGCGAUCCCAACUGGAUGGGUCCCGACUGCUCUGUUGAAGUGUGCUCAGUAGACUGUGGCACUCACGGCGUCUGCAUCGGGGGAGCCUGCCGCUGUGAAGAGGGCUGGACAGGCGCAGCGUGUGACCAGCGUGUGUGCCACCCCCGCUGCAUUGAGCACGGGACCUGUAAAGAUGGCAAAUGUGAAUGCCGAGAGGGCUGGAAUGGUGAACACUGCACCAUUGAUGGCUGCCCUGACUUGUGCAACGGUAACGGGAGAUGCACACUGGGUCAGAACAGCUGGCAGUGUGUCUGCCAGACCGGCUGGAGAGGGCCCGGAUGCAACGUUGCCAUGGAAACUUCCUGUGCUGAUAACAAGGAUAAUGAGGGAGAUGGCCUGGUGGAUUGCCUGGACCCUGAUUGCUGCCUGCAGUCAGCCUGUCAGAACAGCCUGCUCUGCCGGGGGUCCCGGGACCCACUGGACAUCAUUCAGCAGGGCCAGACGGAUUGGCCCGCAGUGAAGUCCUUCUAUGACCGUAUCAAGCUCUUGGCAGGCAAGGAUAGCACCCACAUCAUUCCUGGAGAGAACCCUUUCAACAGCAGCUUGGUUUCUCUCAUCCGAGGCCAAGUAGUAACUACAGAUGGAACUCCCCUGGUCGGUGUGAAUGUGUCUUUUGUCAAGUACCCAAAAUACGGCUACACCAUCACCCGCCAGGAUGGCACGUUCGACCUGAUCGCCAAUGGAGGUGCUUCCUUGACUCUACACUUUGAGCGAGCCCCGUUCAUGAGCCAGGAACGCACCGUGUGGCUGCCGUGGAACAGCUUUUAUGCCAUGGACACCCUGGUGAUGAAGACCGAGGAGAACUCCAUCCCCAGCUGUGACCUCAGUGGCUUUGUCCGGCCCGAUCCAAUCAUCAUCUCCUCCCCUCUGUCCACCUUCUUCAGUGCUGCCCCUGGGCAGAAUCCUAUCGUGCCUGAGACCCAGGUUCUUCAUGAAGAAAUCGAGCUCCCUGGUUCCAGUGUGAAACUUCGCUAUCUGAGCUCCAGAACUGCAGGGUACAAGUCACUGCUGAAGAUCACCAUGACCCAGUCCACAGUGCCCCUGAACCUCAUCAGGGUUCACCUGAUGGUGGCUGUCGAGGGGCAUCUCUUCCAGAAGUCAUUCCAGGCUUCUCCCAACCUGGCCUACACCUUCAUCUGGGACAAGACAGAUGCAUAUGGCCAAAGGGUGUAUGGACUCUCAGAUGCUGUUGUGUCUGUCGGGUUUGAAUAUGAGACCUGUCCCAGUCUAAUUCUCUGGGAGAAAAGGACAGCCCUCCUUCAGGGAUUCGAGCUGGACCCCUCCAACCUCGGUGGCUGGUCUCUGGACAAACACCACAUCCUCAAUGUUAAAAGUGGAAUUCUACACAAGGGCACUGGGGAAAACCAGUUCCUGACCCAGCAGCCUGCCAUCAUCACCAGCAUUAUGGGCAAUGGUCGCCGCCGGAGCAUUUCCUGUCCCAGCUGCAACGGCCUUGCUGAAGGCAACAAGCUGCUGGCCCCAGUGGCUCUGGCUGUUGGAAUCGAUGGGAGCCUCUAUGUGGGCGACUUCAAUUACAUUCGACGCAUCUUUCCCUCUCGAAAUGUGACCAGCAUCUUGGAGUUACGAAAUAAAGAGUUUAAACAUAGCAACAACCCGGCACACAAGUACUACUUGGCAGUGGACCCCGUGUCCGGCUCGCUCUACGUAUCCGACACCAACAGCAGGAGAAUCUACCGCGUCAAGUCUCUGAGUGGAGCCAAAGACCUGGCUGGGAAUUCGGAAGUUGUGGCAGGGACUGGAGAGCAGUGUCUGCCCUUUGAUGAAGCCCGCUGUGGGGACGGAGGGAAGGCCAUAGAUGCAACCCUGAUGAGCCCGAGAGGUAUUGCAGUAGACAAGAACGGGCUCAUGUACUUUGUUGAUGCCACCAUGAUCCGGAAGGUCGACCAGAAUGGAAUCAUCUCCACCCUGCUGGGCUCCAAUGACCUCACUGCUGUCCGGCCGCUGAGCUGUGAUUCCAGCAUGGAUGUAGCCCAGGUUCGUCUGGAGUGGCCAACAGACCUUGCUGUCAAUCCCAUGGAUAACUCCUUGUAUGUUCUAGAGAACAAUGUCAUCCUUCGAAUUACCGAGAACCACCAAGUCAGCAUCAUUGCAGGACGCCCCAUGCACUGCCAGGUUCCUGGCAUUGACUACUCACUCAGCAAACUAGCCAUUCACUCUGCCCUGGAGUCAGCCAGCGCCAUUGCCAUUUCUCACACUGGGGUCCUCUAUAUCACUGAGACAGAUGAGAAGAAGAUUAACCGUCUACGCCAGGUAACAACCAAUGGGGAGAUCUGCCUUUUAGCUGGGGCAGCCUCAGACUGCGACUGCAAAAACGAUGUCAACUGCAACUGCUAUUCAGGAGAUGAUGCCUAUGCGACUGAUGCCAUCUUGAAUUCCCCAUCAUCCUUAGCUGUAGCUCCAGAUGGUACCAUCUACAUUGCAGACCUUGGAAAUAUUCGGAUCAGGGCGGUCAGCAAGAACAAGCCCGUUCUUAAUGCCUUCAACCAGUAUGAGGCUGCAUCCCCCGGAGAGCAGGAGUUAUAUGUCUUCAAUGCUGAUGGCAUCCACCAAUACACUGUAAGCCUGGUGACAGGGGAGUACUUGUACAAUUUCACAUAUAGUGCUGACAAUGAUGUCACUGAAUUGAUUGACAAUAAUGGGAAUUCCCUGAAGAUCCGUCGGGACAGCAGUGGCAUGCCCCGUCACCUGCUCAUGCCUGACAAUCAGAUCAUCACCCUCACUGUGGGCACCAAUGGAGGCCUCAAAGUCGUGUCCACACAGAACCUGGAGCUUGGCCUCAUGACCUAUGAUGGGAACACUGGGCUCCUGGCCACCAAGAGCGAUGAAACAGGAUGGACGACUUUCUAUGACUACGACCACGAAGGCCGCCUGACCAAUGUGACACGCCCCACAGGGGUGGUAACCAGUCUGCACCGGGAAAUGGAGAAAUCUAUUACCAUUGACAUUGAGAACUCCAACCGUGAUGAUGACGUCACUGUCAUCACCAACCUGUCUUCAGUAGAGGCCUCCUACACAGUGGUACAAGAUCAAGUGCGGAACAGCUACCAGCUCUGUAAUAAUGGUACCCUGCGGGUGAUGUAUGCUAAUGGGAUGGGUGUCAGCUUCCACAGUGAGCCCCAUGUCCUAGCAGGCACCAUCACCCCCACCAUUGGACGCUGCAACAUCUCCCUGCCUAUGGAGAAUGGCUUAAACUCCAUUGAGUGGCGCCUAAGAAAGGAACAGAUUAAAGGCAAAGUCACCAUCUUUGGCAGGAAGCUCCGGGUCCAUGGAAGAAAUCUCUUGUCCAUCGACUAUGAUCGAAAUAUUCGGACUGAAAAGAUCUAUGAUGACCACCGAAAGUUCACCCUGAGGAUCAUUUAUGACCAGGUGGGCCGCCCCUUCCUCUGGCUCCCCAGCAGCGGGCUGGCAGCCGUCAACGUGUCAUACUUCUUCAAUGGGCGCCUGGCUGGGCUUCAGCGUGGGGCCAUGAGCGAGAGGACAGACAUAGACAAGCAAGGCCGCAUCGUGUCCCGCAUGUUCGCCGACGGGAAAGUGUGGAGCUACUCCUACCUUGACAAGUCCAUGGUCCUCCUGCUUCAGAGCCAACGUCAGUAUAUAUUUGAGUAUGACUCCUCCGACCGCCUCCUUGCCGUCACCAUGCCCAGUGUGGCCCGGCACAGCAUGUCCACACACACCUCCAUCGGCUACAUCCGCAACAUUUACAACCCGCCUGAAAGCAAUGCUUCGGUCAUCUUCGACUACAGUGACGAUGGCCGCAUCCUGAAGACCUCCUUUUUGGGCACUGGACGCCAGGUGUUCUACAAGUAUGGGAAACUCUCCAAGUUAUCAGAGAUUGUCUACGACAGUACCGCCGUCACCUUCGGGUAUGACGAGACCACCGGUGUCUUGAAGAUGGUCAACCUCCAAAGCGGGGGCUUCUCCUGCACCAUCAGGUACCGGAAGAUUGGGCCCCUGGUGGACAAGCAGAUCUACAGGUUCUCUGAGGAAGGCAUGGUCAACGCCAGGUUUGACUACACCUAUCAUGACAACAGCUUCCGCAUUGCAAGCAUCAAGCCCGUCAUAAGUGAGACUCCCCUCCCCGUUGACCUCUACCGCUAUGAUGAGAUUUCUGGCAAGGUGGAACACUUCGGUAAGUUUGGAGUCAUCUAUUAUGACAUCAACCAGAUUAUCACCACUGCCGUGAUGACCCUCAGCAAACACUUUGACACCCAUGGGCGGAUCAAGGAGGUCCAGUAUGAGAUGUUCCGGUCCCUCAUGUACUGGAUGACGGUGCAAUAUGACAGCAUGGGCAGGGUUAUCAAGAGGGAGCUAAAACUGGGGCCCUAUGCCAAUACCACGAAGUACACCUAUGACUACGAUGGGGACGGACAGCUCCAGAGUGUGGCCGUCAAUGACCGCCCGACCUGGCGCUAUAGCUAUGACCUUAAUGGGAAUCUCCACUUACUGAACCCAGGCAACAGUGUGCGCCUCAUGCCCUUGCGCUAUGACCUCCGGGAUCGGAUAACCAGACUCGGGGAUGUGCAGUACAAAAUUGACGAUGAUGGCUAUCUGUGCCAGAGAGGGUCUGACAUCUUCGAAUACAAUUCCAAGGGCCUCCUAACAAGAGCCUACAACAAGGCCAGCGGGUGGAGUGUCCAGUACCGCUAUGAUGGCGUAGGACGGCGGGCUUCCUACAAGACCAACCUGGGCCACCACCUACAGUACUUCUACUCUGACCUCCACAACCCGACACGCAUCACCCAUGUCUACAAUCACUCCAACUCGGAGAUUACCUCGCUGUACUACGACCUCCAGGGCCACCUCUUUGCCAUGGAGAGCAGCAGUGGGGAGGAGUACUAUGUUGCCUCUGAUAACACAGGGACUCCUCUGGCUGUGUUCAGCAUCAAUGGCCUCAUGAUCAAACAGCUGCAGUACACGGCCUAUGGGGAGAUUUAUUAUGACUCCAACCCUGACUUCCAGAUGGUCAUUGGCUUCCACGGGGGACUCUAUGACCCCCUGACCAAGCUGGUCCACUUCACUCAGCGUGAUUAUGAUGUGCUGGCAGGAAGAUGGACCUCUCCAGACUAUACCAUGUGGAAAAACGUGGGCAAGGAGCCGGCCCCAUUUAACCUGUACAUGUUCAAGAGCAACAAUCCUCUCAGCAGUGAGCUAGAUUUGAAGAACUACGUGACAGAUGUGAAAAGCUGGCUUGUGAUGUUUGGAUUUCAGCUUAGCAACAUCAUUCCUGGCUUCCCAAGAGCCAAAAUGUAUUUUGUGCCUCCUCCCUAUGAACUGUCAGAGAGUCAAGCAAGUGAGAAUGGACAGCUCAUUACAGGUGUCCAACAGACAACGGAGAGACAUAACCAGGCCUUCAUGGCUCUGGAAGGGCAGGUCAUUACUAAAAAGCUCCACGCCAGCAUCCGAGAGAAAGCGGGUCACUGGUUUGCCACCACCACGCCCAUCAUUGGCAAAGGCAUCAUGUUCGCCAUCAAAGAAGGGCGGGUGACCACGGGCGUGUCCAGCAUCGCCAGCGAGGACAGCCGCAAGGUGGCGUCUGUGCUGAACAACGCCUACUACCUGGACAAGAUGCACUACAGCAUCGAGGGCAAGGACACCCACUACUUUGUGAAGAUUGGCUCAGCCGAUGGCGACCUGGUCACGCUGGGUACCACCAUCGGCCGCAAGGUGCUGGAGAGCGGGGUGAACGUGACCGUGUCCCAGCCCACGCUGCUGGUCAAUGGCAGGACUCGAAGGUUCACGAACAUUGAGUUCCAGUACUCCACGCUGCUGCUCAGCAUCCGCUAUGGCCUCACCCCCGACACCCUGGACGAAGAGAAGGCCCGCGUCCUGGACCAGGCAAGACAGAGGGCCCUGGGCACGGCCUGGGCCAAGGAGCAGCAGAAAGCCAGGGACGGGAGAGAGGGGAGCCGCCUGUGGACUGAGGGCGAGAAGCAGCAGCUUCUGAGCACCGGGCGUGUGCAAGGGUACGAGGGAUAUUACGUGCUUCCCGUGGAGCAAUACCCAGAGCUUGCAGACAGUAGCAGCAACAUCCAGUUUUUAAGACAGAAUGAGAUGGGAAAGAGGUAACAAAAUAAUCUGCUGCCAUUCCUUGUCUGAAUGGCUCAGCAGGAGUAACUGUUAUCUCCUCUCCUAAGGAGAUGAAGACCUAACAGGGGCACUGAGGCUGGGCUGCUUUAGGAGACCAAGUGGCAAGAAAGCUCACAUUUUUUGAGUUCAAAUGCUACUGUCCAAGCGAGAAGUCCCUCAUCCUGAAGUAGACUAAAGCCUGGCUGAAAAUUCCGAGGAAAACAAAACAAACGAAUGAAUGAACAGACACACACGAUGUUCCAAGUUCCCCUAAAAUAUGACCCACUUGUUCUGGGUCUACGCAGAAAAGAGACGCAAAGUGUCCGAAAGGAACAAAAGAACAAAAACGAAAAAGCAAAGAAGAAAACAAAUAAAAACAAAACAAAACAAACACACAGACCGAUAAACAAAGAAACGAAGAUGAGAAAGAAGGCCUGAUAUCCAAUUACCUCACUCAUUCACACGUGAGCGACAGACACGUAGACAUCCGCGAGGGCCAGCGUCACCAGACCAGCUGCGGGACAAACCCCUCAGACUGCUUGUGGGAGAAAUCCUUCCAACAUUUUCAUUUAAGCAAAUACAGGUGCAUUUAAAACACGACUUUGGGGGUGAUUUGUGUGUAGCGCCUGGGGAGGGGGGGAUAAAAGAGGAGGAGUGAGCACUGGAAAUACUUUUUAAAGAAAAAAAAAACAUGAAGGAAUAAAAGAAAUUCCUAUCAAAAAUCAAAGUGAAAUAAUACCAUCCAGCACUUAAUUCUCAGGUCCCAACUAAGUCUGGCCUGAGCUAAUUUAUUUGAGCGCAGAGUGUAAAAUUUAAUUCAAAAUGGUGGCUAUAAUCACUACAGAUAAAUUUCAUACUCUUUCGUCUUUGGAGAUUCCAUUGUGGACAGUAAUACGCAGUUACAGGGUGUAGUCUGUUUAGAUUCCGUAGUUUGUGGGUAUCAGUUUCGGUAGAGGUGCAGCAUCGUGACACUUUUGCUAACAGGUACCACUUCUGAUCACCCUGUACAUACAUGAGCCGAAAGGCACAAUCACUGUUUCAGAUUUAAAAUUAUUAGUGUGUUUGUUUGGUCCAGAAAUGAGACAAUCACAUGACAGUCACCACGAGGAGAGAAAAUUUAAAAAAUAAAAAUAAAAACAAAAAAAAUUU